UUUAGAAAUCAAAUGCCCUUUUAGUUUAAAAGACAAAUCUUUGAAAGAAGAAAUACUGAAAGAUGUUUUUUAUGUAGGAUUAAAUACGGAUGGGAAAUAUUUUUUACAAAAACAGCACACAUAUUUUUUCCAGGUUCAGCUUGAAAUGAGAGUUACUGGAGUGAGCUAUUGUGAUUUUAUGGUAUGGACACCCAGUGAGUUUAUAGUUUUACGUAUUGAACCUGACAUUAGUUUUAUGGAAUCGGUGUUUAAUAAAUGUGAUGUUUUUUGGAAUAGAUUUAUUUUGAGGGAAUUAGUAACAAGAGAAGUUGAAUCAGGAAUGAAAUUGCCCUCCUCUACAUUAACAGAAACCAUAAAUAAUGAUGAUAAUGUUUUUUGUAUUUGCAAAUCUAAAAGCUUAGAAAAUGAUGAUACAAUGGUCGGCUGUGAUUCAUGUGAUAAUUGGUUUCAUCUUAAAUGUAUAUCUUUGAAAUCUGUGCCAAGAUCGUCUGUAUGGUAUUGCAAUAGCUGUAAAAACAAGAAAAAGUCUGCACACAAAAACAAACCAAUACAUUAAUGGAGCAGUAUUAAUGCUAUUCUCCUUAUCAUUUUCAUGAUAUUUGUUGUUAACAUUAUUAUGCUGAGAAAUGGAAUGGAAAAAUCAUAAUUUGAGGUGAAAUAAAGAAUAUCCCAUUUUUAAAAAACGGCUAUUUUCAUAGCCACAUAUUAUUAAAAACAUUAAAGCAUAUGAUAUAAUAUUGAAAAAAACUGUUACAGAUUAAUAGAUAAUCAAACUCUUCCUAUUCUCCGAAAUCUCGGUGAAUAGGAAGAGUUUGAUUACCUAGUCUAAAUAAAAAAGAAGU